CCGUGCUGGACUAUAAACGCGUCCGGUGAGCGGCUCUCCUCAGUCGCAGUCGAGCACGAGCAGCGCGAGCACCAGAGCACCAGAGCUGACCGGCAGAGCAGAUAGCAGCACGCGAACGCGCACACUAACUCGCUCUCGGUUUGGAUUUUGGGAUGGAAACUCGUGCGACUACGCGGAGCGCUCGCGCCUCCAACACUCUUACCUUCAAGAGUGGUUUGUCUCUGUGGUUGGUGGUAUGGCUGUUGGCAUGUCGCUGUGCACCGGGCCAGGCGUGUCCCAGGCUGUGUGUGUGCUACCAUACGCCCAUGACUGUGAGCUGUCAGUCUCAGAACUACACCGCUGUUCCCACCGGCGUGCCCUACGACUCCCAGCGCGUCUUCUUGCAGAACAACCGUAUCGCCGAGCUCAGAGCCGACUCCUUUGGCUUCGAAACACAGGUCCUAUGGCUGUACUCCAAUAACAUCACAUGGAUCGAAGCAGGAGCCUUCAGCAAUCUGCGUGUCCUAGAGGAACUGGAUUUGAGUGACAACCCUUCCCUGCGCAGGCUGGACGGGGGGGCGUUCAGGGGCCUGGAGCGCUUGCAGAGCCUCCACAUGCACCGCUGCCACCUGACCGAGCUGCCCGCCGACCUGUUCCUCAAGCUCUACAGCCUGCAGUUCCUCUACCUGCAGGAGAACCAGCUGACACACCUCCCCGACGGACUCUUCUCCGACCUGGUCAACCUCACACACCUGUUCCUGCAUGGCAAUCGCAUCCGCGUCCUCUCUGAGAACGCCUUCCGUGGCCUGGUGAAUCUCGACCGGCUGCUGCUGCACGACAACCGCAUCCGGCAGGUCCACCGACGGGCCUUCCGCGACCUGGGCCGAUUGACCAUCCUCUAUCUCUUCAACAACACUCUGCAGGAGCUGCCGGGUCAGGUGUUGAAGGACACGUCCUCCGUGCAGUUCCUCAGGCUCAACGCCAACCCCUGGACCUGCGGAUGUGAAGCCAGGUCGCUCUGGGAGUGGUUCCGCAAAGCUCGGAUCUCCAGCUCAGACGUAACCUGCUCUUCACCCGCCCCGAGGAAAGGCCAGGACCUGAGAUUCCUGCGGGAGCUGGACUUCGCGCUCUGCCCGUUGCCUGACCCAGGAUCCAUGGCUGGCACCACAACCACCACCUUCAGCACCAAGACUCGCUGGUGGAUCUCAAAGAACAAGCCGGCCUCAUCAUCCAAGAGCCACUUUCACAAGAGCAGCGAGACCCAGAAGGCCUUUCCAGUCAAGCAUCCCUCAUCUUCAUCCCCCUCCUUUUCCUCCAAGUAUGACCUCACAGUGGAGGAGGCUGCUUUACCCAAGCUGGAGCCCGAAGAGUACUGGGCAAACUACGGCAACGAGGACGCAGCCUCAGUCCCCUGUUUCGAGCUCGAAUGCCCACCCGGUUACGACUCUCCCGUCCUCCCAUCUUCCUCCUCGGCCUCACUUCUGCCCUUCCUCUCGCUCACAGCACUGACUCUCUCUUUCCAUCUGCUCUUCGGCUGAGCUUUCCUUCUCCUCCUCUUCCUCCUUUGUUAUGCUCCACUACCUUUCUCCUGCGAUCGGCUUAUGCUGAUUAAUGCAUAGAAGCAGCCAUGCAGAAAAGGGUGACAAGACUGAAUAUAACAACACAUGAAACACAACAUACAGUAGAACAGAGACAGGGCUACUCCAUGCAUGCAGCACUACUCAAGUCACGUUCUUCUCUAGAAUAAGAGAACACAGGGCAAGGAGACGAGUAAAGAGGAAUAUAGGGAGUCAUGUGGAAAAUGAAAGUAGAGGUAAAGGUCA